GAAGACAGUGCGCGCGUUAGUAACAAUGCCGAAAAAGAAGACUGGAGCUAGAAAGAAGGCUGACAAACAGCGACUACGUCAGAAAGGCAUUCGAACUGCACACUUAACCAGAAACUUGGCAGAGCAACCUUGUAACCAGCAAAUGGAAUGCGACAAGUGCAAGAGAGCACAAAAGAAUCGUGCUUUCUGUUAUUUCUGUGCGUCAGUUCAGAGGGUCCCAACGUGUGCUGAAUGUGGCAAAAACAAGUGCAUGGCAAAGACUGGAGACUGCUGUGUGAAGCAUCCAGCAGGAUUUGCAUCAGGAAUGGCUCUCGUUGGUGCAAUCUGUGACUUUUGUGAAGCAUGGGUGUGUCACAGUCGGAAAUGCUUGACGACUCAUGCGUGUCAGUGUGCACUCAUGGAUGCUGUCUGUAUGGAGUGCGAACGGAGUGUGUGGGAUCACGGUGGACGAAUAUUUAGAUGUGCAUUCUGCGAUUGUUUUCUGUGUGAGGACGACCAAUUCGAGCAUCAAGCGAGUUGCCAGAGACUAGAAAGCGAGGAUCUCAAAUGUGUAUCAUGUAAUCGUUUGGGUCAAUACUCAUGUCUGCGAUGCAAGGCAUGCUACUGUGAAGAUCAUGUAAGGAGGAAGGGAGUGAAGUACGUUCGUGGUCAGGCUCUUCCCUGCCCGAAGUGUGGCUACGAGACAAAGGAGACAAAAGACUUUGCUAUGUCCACACGGUCACAUGAAUAUGGUCGUCACGGAGCUUCCUAUGCUGAUGACGAUGAUGAUGACAAAGAUGAUCAAAGAGACUAUGGUGCCGGAAGUUGGUCUUACCAACAAUCACAUUUUGAAUAUGCCGACUCAGACACAGAGGACGACAGUGACUCUGAACCUGACGACGACAGAGAGGACGAAAUUCCCGACGAGGACAAAAUUCCCAAUGAGGACAGAAAUAAUGAAUUAACGACGUGACACAUGCUCAACUUAUGUGCAAUCUAGUGACAUGUAUGAG